GAAAACAAAGCAGGCAGAGAAAAGACAAUUUACACUAAACAACUAACUUUUGAUAUAAGUAUUUAUUGUAUGCAAAUAAGCACAUUAAGGAGUUCAGUGAUGAUUUAUCUUAAUGCCCAGAAAAGUUACAAAGACAGCAAAGCCUUCGCUGCAAUUCUUGGAGCGACCUUUGUGUGGAGCCAAACUCCAAAAUGUGCCCGAAGUCAGAGCAGCACUCAAUGCCAGAGAUUUCUUCACAGAGGCAGAAGCACAGAGCAGCUCAGCUCUUAAUUCCUGGGUUAGGCCACAAUUUGACAUUUCAGUUGCAACUGCACCUCCAGUGAGACGAGGGAGGAGAAAGUGUCAGUCUGCCACAAGCAUCUUGGACAGCUGCAGUCAGCUGUCCAGGAAAAAUAGUGUCUGCAAAUUCCCCCAAUUAUUGUUUAAAACAGGGUCAAAAGACCAAACUCAGCAACCAAAGGGGAUCUCCAAGAAGAAAGCUAUAGAGAGUACUCAUGUGGGAAGGAAACCUGCCGAAAAGAAAACAGUUUCAGCUGCACAGUGCUCUAACCUACCAAAGGGACAGUUUGCCUCAGUAAGAAAACAGAGUGCUGAAACAUUCUCAGACGACACUUCAUCCCACCAAAGAUGUUUGGCUGAACCUGACAGACCAUCUGUGCAAGUGUCAGAGAGAUGCAGAAUUCCAGCAGUCUGUGCUUCAACACUUCCCUGUGAAGAGUUUAGCACCACUGAAGUCUGUCCACCUCCUGAUGUGGACACUCCGAAAGCAAUGGGGGAAAGGAACAUUUCUCCGUCUACCCCCUGUGGACAUUUGCUGCUGGCUCAGCCGUGUACGCCUCCAUGUAAUGGGUCACCUGACAUUUUGGUGGCUGACACGCCAGAGAGGGACUAUGGAAUGAAGGUGACAUGGAGAAGAAGAAAGAACUUGAUGGUGUUGUUAAAACAGAGGGGCCAUCUCUCUGAGGCAGAUGCUUUAAUUCAAAGUUGA